UUUCCAAUUGCCACAGCUAAUCUGUCCAUCAAAAGGAGCUAGCAGAUCCACUCUUCUCUGUUUCCCCAGCAGUUAUCAUCCACACCACACGUAUCUUCCUCAUGGAAACUGCUCAGUGGCAUCAACAGGGACUGGAGAGGAAGGUGAGGCCUUACAAGGAGAAAGCUUUAAACUGUCCAAGAUGCAACUCAACAAACACCAAAUUUUGCUACUAUAACAAUUACAGCUUCAGCCAGCCAAGAUUCUUCUGCAAGUCAUGCAGGAGAUAUUGGACACAGGGAGGAACCCUUAGAAAUGUACCAAUUGGUGGAGGCUCAAGGAAGAAGAAGAGAUUCAACCCAUCUUCAUCCUUACCUCCACCUGCAGCAACAAAAUCAGCUCCUAUAGUUUCCUCCACUUCAAUGAAUCUCCAGCCUUCUAAACUCAUUCCUCAUGAGCUCAGCUCCUUCUCCCUCUUUUCUUCUUCUUCCUCCAUGUCUGCAACCAGGAGUGGAAUCUCAUUUGAGGGCUCGAGUUUAAGCAAGGAAAAUGAACUCUCAGCAAAUGCAAGGAAAAGGCUGCGCAUGUUAGCUCCUUCUUCCAUGAGCUUGUAUUGUCAGGAGCUUCAUGCAUUGGGUUUGCAGAAGCAGGGAGGAUUCGGUAUGGAAGAGCUUAUGUGGUCAGGGGUAAAGCUUCCAUUACAGUAUGGAGUUGGUGGCAUGAAGGAAAGUAAGGAGGCGGGAGGAGAUGGGGAACAUGCAUUGCCUUUUGAGGAUUUGAAUCAAGUUACCGUUAAGGGUUCUUGUGAUGAGAUUGUUGGGGGAGUAGAUCCAAGUUUGUUUUGGGAAGGUGUAAUGGGUAAUGAUGGUGGAGGAGGAGGAGGAGGAGGA